GGGCGGUGGGGGCCAGUCUGCCCCCUCCGAGCCCACCCAGGUGGCCAUGGACAGCCAGUCCAGGAGGAGCUCAGCACUGGGGCCGAAGGGACGUGGGACACAGCCUGGGAUGGAGACCGGCAAGGGGACUGCAGGGUCUGGCUCCCUGGGGAUGCAAGCAGGGACACAGGGGGAACCAGCGACCCCUGUGAAGUUGUCAGGCGCUCCCUCUGAUCACACGAGGUCUAUUGGUGCCGGCGCCACCACCCCGGGGAUGCAGCCAGGAUCACGGGGCACCCAGGCCACCACCCGCCUGGGGACACAGCCAGGGGCCCCUGACACCCAGGCCAGCACCUCGGGGAUGCAGCCAGGAUCCCCUGGGACCCACACCACCACCCCUGGGGUGCAGCCUGCGUCCUCCAGAUCCCAAGCCACCAUCCCAGGCGAUGCCCAAGAGCUGGCCAAGCCCUGGGGCUCCACCAGCACCUCCAGCUACGAGUCGGAGAUGCGGGAGGUUCUCUCACAGGUUGGGCAGCUCGGCAACGUCUACGCUGGUCUGAAGGAGGAGGUGGAACAGCUUAAAUCUACAAAAGCAGAACGUGCAGAUCUUGAGAACGUGCGCCAGCUUUUCCCAAAGGGAGGUCGGCAGAGCAUCACCAGCAUCCUGGCCGACCUCAAGUGCCAGAUGUCCUUCCUACAAGACAUGGCCAGGGCCCUCCACGGGGAGGAGGAGAAGGUGAGCCGGCAGCAGUCCCCGAGGGGCUGCGGGGAUGCCAGUUUGGGCAGGGAGGGGGCAGCCGAAGGGUCCCCGUGCCGGAAUGACACAGGGGGCUGUGCCCUCACCGCCCCCACUGCCGUUCCCAGAUCAGCAAGGUGGAGGAUGCUCCCAGAAAGAUGAGGGGGGCUGGAGCCGGCAGAAAAGCAGACGGCAGCGGCCAGAUGACCCGACAGCCGCGGUAAAAGGAUGGGAGAGGGUUUCCUACCCCGCAGGGCUGCGAGGGAGCCUGGGGUCUGGGAGCAUCCCAGUUUGGGGUCCGAGGGACACCCCCACGAAGGCUAAGCCUGCCCCUGCCCCCGUCUCGCUGGCCAGGCCCAAGGGACAGAAGGUCAAGGCAGAGCGCAAGGAGCUGGGGAAGCAGCAGGAGCCGACCCAGGCCGAGCUGGAGCAGUUUGCGGCUGAGUACGUGAAUAACUUGGUGAGGGAGACAGCGCAGCAGCUGCAGGCAGAGCAGCCGGACGAGCCGAGGGUGACGGUGCAGAGCGGGGGACACGAGCACGCAGGGUGCCACUUCUGCAGCCCGGACACCAGGGUGCUGCUGGGGAAGCUCCUCCAGCGCUGCAAGAAGCUCGAGGAGCAGGUGGAGUCCCUGGCCCAGAAGGCGGGCGGCAAGGUGGAAAAUUAUCCAAAGUGGAGGAGACAGUCCCUGCAGCACGACGAGCAGAUCAAGUGCCUCCAGGCCAGCAUCAUGCAGCUCCAAAAGGACUAUGAGAAGUUCAGCUCGGCCCUUGCAAACCUCCAGCAGGAUCGCCAGCAGGAGCAGAAUGACAUCAAGGCUCUGUCCCAGGCCCUGGAGAGAAUCAAGAAGCAGAAAGCAGACAAGGAGGAGCUGCUGGUGCUGGGAAUCGAUGAGAAAGCAGACAAAGACAAAGUCAGUCGCAGCCAGUUUGAGGCGUGCGUGGAGCAGCUGAACAAGGUGAUGGAGGAGGUGACGGUCCAGGAGAAGUUCUUGCACCGGUUCCAGCAAGAGCUCCAGAGGCAGAUGGACUGCAAGCUGGACCGCCGGGAGCUGGGGGCAUUCCAGCAGCAGCAGGAGGAGCGGUGGAAGAGCCUCAGCGGGCAGCUCCAGGAGAAGGCGCUGAAGCCAGAGCGUGACAGUGCCGCUGGGAUUAGGAAGCAGCUGCUGCCUGGUUUCCAUUGCCUGUCCUGUGACCGGCCCCUCAACAUGCUGGCGUCUGGACCGUGAGUAACU